AAUCUCUUCCAUUCAAAUCUUUUUCAGAAUGGCUUGCCCUUGCAAGUCAUUGUCAGAUACACAAAAGUGCCAAGCUUCCGUAGUGAUGCCCUCGAUUUUCUUACCGUGAACUCUGAGUAGUGUGAGCUGUUCGGGUGUUAGUGCUGAAGCCAUGGAUGUCCGUUUCGACUCGACCAACCACGCUCCUGCGAUGCCUAAAGUCUCCAAUCGCGCCAAUUCAGUCCCAAUGCUGACAAUGAGACCAGAGGAUGAGCUUGGUGCUGAUGUCGUGAUCGACGUAGACGAAAUGUAUGCUCUCAAGUCCAAGACCGACUCUGACCCGGGCAAAGAGUCGUCGGUUACCGGCGCCUGGAAGCCGCAACGCAAACGAGGCGCCAGUCUCACCACCAGAUCUGUCGGCACAAGUGUCCAAGUCGACGCUGAUUUGCGUAAACCUAAUUCAGUGGAACCGUUGAGAGUUUCCGCCACCUCAUAUCGUCGUUCACGACCGAACAGAGAAGAUUUUACGAAACCUGCCCCACCGGACAUGGUCUCGACGGCCACAAACACUGACGAAGAUGACUUGGUCUCACCCCCGCCAACGCCUGAAGAGCUCCAAUCUUUGGCUCCUGCAGUGAAAGAUACCACUGCGGUUCUCCCCAAAUCUGCCGCGAUCGUCAUCGAGGACUGCGACAGCAAGCUCGAUGCUCACAACAAGCUAAUUGCUAACUUGCUGCCUCUGCCCCAACACGUCAGAACCGAACAAGCUUACAUGAAGAAAAAUAAGAGCUGGGAUCUACUCACCAGACUGCUUUCCCGGGGUGCAUCAGAAGGUGACGCUGAGUACGACCAGUCAGGAGGUGCUGGGGCAGGACGCGCGGGCGGCGAGGACGGCAUCAGCGGCCCGGCAGUGGGCGCCGACGGUCACCUCCUUCAGGCACACGAUGGGCGAGUCUUCGUCGAGAGUGCCGAGGAGCCGGAGACCGAGAGCAGCCUCGCCAUUCUCAUGCAGGUGAUGCUGCCUUUCCUCGUGGCAGGCCUGGGCAUGGUGGGUGCUGGACUCGUGCUCGACAUUGUACAGCACUGGGACGUAUUCUUAGAAGUUAGCGAGCUGUUCAUCAUGGUGCCUGCCUUGCUGGGUCUCAAAGGCAACUUAGAGAUGACGUUAGCAUCGCGCCUCUCCACCCACGCCAACAUGGGACAUCUCGACAAGGCUGACGAUUGCAUCUCCAUGAUUGCUGGCAAUCUCGCUCUCAUUCAGUGUCAGGCGAUCGUGGUAGGCUUCCUGGCGAGCGUGGCGGCCGUCAUCAUGGGCUGGAUCCCUGGAGGAGAAUUUAAUUUCCUGCACGCGCUCCUGCUGUGCGCCGGGGCGCUCGUCACAGCCUCCUUCGCCUCCUUCAUACUGGGCUUGGUGAUGGUGGCCGUGAUCCUGGUGUCACGGAGAUGCCGCAUCAACCCAGACAACGUAGCAACACCCAUCGCGGCCUCUCUCGGGGACCUCACCACCCUCGGCCUCCUCGCCUGGAUUGCCUCACUGCUAUUCGAAGCCAGAUCGUCGGAGUUGUGGCUAGCGCCGCUGAUCAUCGGAGCGUACCUAUUGUCUCUGCCGCUGUGGGUUUGGCUCGCCUCCCGCAACGAGCACACGAAGGAGGUCCUCUACUCGGGAUGGACUCCUGUCAUCUCCGCCAUGAUGAUCUCAAGCAUGGGUGGGGUGAUCCUAGACUACACAGUGUCUUCAUACAAGGGCAUCGCGGUCUACCAGCCCGUGAUCAACGGCGUGGGCGGCAACCUGGUCGCUGUGCAGGCGUCACGCAUCUCAACGGCCUUGCAUCUGGCCACGCCUCUAGGGCGUCUGCCCCGCUACGCCGAGCGUCUCUGCCACAACCCCUGGACCGUCUUCUGCACCAGCAAAGGACACGCCAGGACCGCCAGGGUGCUGCUCCUGCUCGUCGUGCCCGGCCACUUGGUGUUCGCGUACACCAUCAGCUACCUCAAGGCUGGACACACGUCGCUCACGCCCAUAUUCGUCGUCGUCUACCUUUGCGCUGCGCUUAUUCAAGUGAUCGUGUUGCUGUACAUGUCAGUGGUGAUGGUGCACUGGAUGUGGAGUGUAUGCAUCGACCCUGACAACUCAGCCAUUCCUUACCUGACCGCAUGCGGGGACCUACUGGGCACCGGCCUCCUGGCGAUCGCCUUCCACAUCCUCUACCUCGUCGGCGACAAGGAUGCGGAUUUGGGCGACUAACGAACCUUCUUCCGCGUGCCGCUCGUAUGAAAUACACCAAAAAAUAAUUGCGAUUGCAGUGAAGUGAACCCGUUACUUAAUAAUGAUUUACGUAUUCGAACUUCUCUUGCCAGUGUCUGUCAUGGAACACACCCAGUUUAUCAGCUUCAAUUGAAUUUAUUCAACUGCUAAAUCACCUAAGAUUUAAUGGUUUAAGACUUACAAUUCUGUGACUUACAAUUAUUCUGUGAGGUCCGAACCCACUUUGCCGGCCCACAAUGAGGCUGUUGCUCCUGGUUGGAUCAAGAGGAGCGACUUCUCUAUAGUUUGAAGUGAAAAUUUCAUGAAAAAUUUGUGAUUCCAAUAAACUUAUACAACCUGAGUAGGACCUCGCUUCACGGCCGUGACUUAAGAUCACCAAAGUUAGUGAUAAGAUUUUCAGUUCUUCCUUAUCAAAAGAUUGUGAGCAUUUGGAACCGUAGACAGUGCGUGCGGUUGAAAAAAAAGUGUGAAAAAUAAAUGUACUGAUGACGACGAGGCCUUACGUUUCUAUUCCAAAUGAUGUGCUAAUUAUUGUGCUUGCAUUUGUUGCUCAUUUAAGAUACUGGAAUGGAUUGCACGUCAGAAUUUUGUUGUUGCCACAAAAUUCUGCGGUAUUUCAAACUGUUCCAAACGUUGUAGUCGUGCAGAUAGAGUGAACUUUUGCAGACGACGGCUUAGUUCUAUCUUUCACAUUUGAUAUUAUUCUUUUACUGGAAUGUUUUUAACGUUUAUAAAUGGAAUGUUAGUGUGAAAAGAGAUGUAACUCAGAUAGCUUGUACAACAACAAUGUAUUUGAUGUCAUAUAUGUUCUGGGUGCUCGAUUCAUUCGUUCUCCAAAAAAUAUGAAUUUGCAGUUUCAAUUAUCUGCCCGUACUGCAGUUCUGAAGCGUUAGUGGUGGAUAAACAUUGCUACGCUGCUUUCGGAUUUUCAAAAGUUAUUCGGCACUGAAUUUUUGCAAUGGCUUCUUCGUUGUACAUUAAAUCAAAAUUAUUACACCUUUGUUUAGGCGCAUUGAUAUUGAAUUGGUUAGGCAAGCAAUUCCGUGUUUUAUGUCUGGUGAAGGUUCUUAAGACGUGUAGUUUGAUCAAUUGGACUUAAUAUGAUUGCUUAAUAAUAUGACUGUUGUAAACUGAAAAUCUGGCUCUUUAAGAAUAUUUUCUAUUGAAUUUCCGCUUUUGAGAUUACAGUAAAAAUCUUAUGUCUUUUUCCGUGUAAAACAUUUAUUGAUCUUGAGGAUAUUUUAAUCCAGUUCAAUGGACGCUCGAUCUCUUUGUUUAUGCUGGUUGAGCUUAUCACGACGUGCACCAACCUCCAGCCGAGCCACAGCACUAAAAGUAUUCACGAUAACAACAUGGUAAUAUUAUUGUGGCUUAUGAGUGUUAGCCACAAUCGAUUUUUUAAUAAUGAAACGUGGAUAUUUCACGGACUGUAGUGCGAGUUUCAUUGCGACUCCACAAUUGAAUUCGUUAUAAGUGAAAAUCUUCGUUCUUCCAGUGACGUGUUGCGUCAUUUAGAUAAUAAACUUUGAUCUCUUAGUGAAAUGUCUUCAUGCGUGAAGACAUUUACCAUAUUUUACAUUUACAAAUUACCAUAUUUCAUGAGAUUGUUUGGACGCAGAACGCGCUCGAAGAAAAGGUGAAUUAAAAGUUAUCAACUUUGAAGAAGAUCUGCUGUAAGAUAAAUCGUUAGCUUCAGAUGCCUCUAGACUAUCACGAUUUCACGGUGAAAUACACACGUGUUUGCUUCGCUGAGUUCGCUCAGCUGCUUACGUUUUUAUCCACAGUUUACUUGAUAAUUUUAACGUUCACUGGAGUGAUUUUCUAUAUUAUUUUUUCGAUUUUUUUUGAAGCAACAUUUAAAGCUUUAAGAGUCAAUGUGUCUCAUAAAUGUCAUAAGUUUUUCUUCCCUCAAUUCUCUUGUGUUCAAUUCAUAUGCAAAUAAUUAUGUCAUGAGAAGUUUGUGUGAACUUUCAAUUAGCCUCAAGUUAUUAGGUUUUUCUGGGAGAAAGCAUUUUUGAUUGUUAUGCUGCUGUUGAGUACACCAACUUGUUUGAAAUGUGAUUAUUUGUCCAAUUGCUUCGUACUUUAAUUUCCAUCGAUGGAAGCUUGUGAAACACAGUGCGUUGUGUGGCAGUAGUCAACAUGGUUGUUCCUAACGCGUCUCGCGUUUAAACUUCCUUCCAAUUUACUUUACUUACCACGCUUAAACGACAUUAGUUAUUCACGAUUUAAGUAAUUAAUGAUUAUUUAAUCGAUUUAUGCAUUUGGAAUUUUAAAACAAUUCUGUUUGUUUGUAUGAAUUCUCUGGAUUCUUUUCAUGGAAUAUCUAACUACUUACUUUUCUACGUUAUACUUCCAUUUUCAAUAAGAAUUAGAAUGAUGCUGACGAAAUUUGUUCGUCGACAUGCCAAAUAUUUAUUCCUGUAUGUGAGGAGAGCAUUUGUGUACGUAGCCUUGCUUAAAGCUAAAAUAUUUACAUACUUAAUCAUUGAAUUAUCUCACAUGUCACUCAUGUUGAUUUUUUAUUUUAUCAUUGUCCGUCUGUUACUGCGUUUUAUAAAGAGUUUCCUUCAUACGCUGUCUUGCCAUGUUUUAAAUCUGGUUUGCCCGUCAAUCAUGUCAUGUUCACAGUUACCUCCUCCUGUCUAUCAAGUCAUAUUCACAUUCUCCGCUUCUUGUCUUGUAGGUCUUGCUUACAGUCCUCUUCUCCCAUCAUCAGGUCAUGCUACUAGUCCCCAUCUAGCCUCAUCAGGUUAUGCUUAUACUCCUCUUUGAGGUGUCAUCCCCAGAACAGCAUGUGCACGUGGUCUGACUAAUCGUUAUCUCGCUUUUCUUCAUUUGGAGUCAAUCGCGCUCAUGACAGGUUCCAGCAAUCCCAACAUUAAGCGACGCACGAGCCACUUUCGUGUGGUCUGUCCAAGUUCUCGCAAUUUAUUGUCUUGUGUUAUAAAACUUACUUGCAUAGAUGAAAUAUACUGAAUGGAGUAUUUUAGUUUUAAGUCUUCUCCAUGACUUCUUUAACAGAAUUAACAUGGUAUUUGUUGUGUGAAAUGAAUAAUUUGGUUGAAGAAGCAGUUUGUGUCUUGUUAUGUUACAUUUCAUUCCGACGUUUCAUGUCUAGUUAUCAGAACUGCUAGGCUGUCGAGUCACGAAUACUUGGCAGAAAUCGCUGUCAAAAUAUUGUUAGUAAAUUUCCGUCAAAAAUAACUUAUCGUAUACUUGAUUGGUUGGGUCAGAGUUACGAUUAUGGUUAUAUUGAAAUGAGAUCUUCCGUUAAUGUAAUGAACUUAUUGCAUUGACUUAUUGAUUAACUUUUUGUUAUUGAUGUUGUUUCCAUCGUUACUUCAAAAACUAUAAUAAGAAAAAAAGAACUUAUCAUUCAUAGUUUCUUUCUUGAACGAUAAAACUCUACUUAAGUGUUGAAAAUUCAAAUAGUGCAAGACAAAUACGAAGUGAUUUUGUCGAGCGAUUGCGUGAUCAAUGCAUUAUGAACCAGGCAUUGAAGAAUCUGCUUCGUUGCCUUCUAUGUUUAAUUGAACACUACUUACGGAACAGUUGUUGAAAUGUGCUUGCCAGAUGAAGAUGAUUAUUUAAUAUAAUGAAAAUUGUGAC